AAUUCUUCCCAACCACGGGCCCACACAAAAUAAUGGAUCCUGCCUCGAAAAAAAGACUCGAAUUUUACUCCGCAAUUGUUUUUAAUAGAAGAAGAAGAAGAAGAAAGAAGACGACGACGAAGAAGAAAGAAAGAAAAGGUUGCAGAAAAUGGAAAGCGCGGGAGGAUGGCAAGGGCUGUUUCUGGGCGGAUUAGGUUCCUGGGUUGUGAUUUCUUCCAUUCUUAAUGUGACCCAAACGAUUAGAUCUCUCAUUCAGCCUUGGGUUUCUCGCCAAGUCAUUAAUGGCGUCCCCGUUUCUUUGAAGAUCCAGAAAUAUCAGAGCUGGUAUCUGGAUGCCUUCUUUUCUGGGCUCUCUUGCAUAGUUUCUGUGCCUUUCUACACUGCAUUUCUUCCUUUCCUCUUCUGGACUGGACAUUCUAAAUUGGCUCGGCAAAUGACCCUUCUGAUGGCUUUCUGUGAUUAUAUGGGGAAUUGUAUAAAGGAUGUUGUAUCAGCCCCUAGGCCAAGCUCACCCCCUGUUAGGAGAAUAACAGCCACUGAAGACGAGAAAGAAAAUGCAUUGGAAUACGGACUGCCUUCUUCGCACACUCUUAAUACUGUUUGCUUGUCCGGAUACCUUUUGCACUAUGUGUCGUCCCACACCCAAAACGAAGAUUUGUCGUUUGAAAUAGCGGGAGUUGCCCUUGUUUGCUUGCUUGUUGGACUAAUUGGCUUCGGUAGGAUUUACCUUGGGAUGCACAGCUUGAUUGACAUCAUUGGAGGUCUGGUUUUCGGGCUUGCGAUCCUGGCCUUUUGGCUUUCUGUUCACAAUCACAUAGAUCAUUUCAUUGUUUCAGGACAAAACGUUACAUCCUUUUGGGCAGCACUGAGCUUCUUGUUCCUCUUUGCUUAUCCAACGCCUGAGAUGCCUACGCCAAGUUUUGAAUAUCAUACAGCUUUCAAUGGCGUUGCAUUGGGAAUUGUAAUGGGAAUCCAGCAAACAUACCAUCAGUUUCACCACGAAGACGUUCCACGGAUCUUUACGCCUGAGCUAACAAUCCUUGCAUUUGUGGGCAGAAUGCUUGUAGGGAUACCUACAAUACUCCUCGUGAAGGUGUGCAGCAAGGCUGUUGCGAAAUGGAUGUUACCUAUGCUUGCCAAUGCUUUGAGCCUCCCUGUGAGAUCAACCAGCUAUGUCCCUGGACUGAACGGCAUGACCAUUGCCAUUAAGUCAGACAAAAUGAUGAAGCCUCGAGCAGCAGCAGGAGGAAGUAUGUAUUCUUAUUGUGAGCAGAAGGUAUCCAAUUUGUUACAGCUACAGCAGGAGACAACAUUUGAUGUUGAUACCUGCAUACGGCUCGUUCAGUAUACUGGCCUUGCUUGGGCUGUUGUAGACCUUGUUCCAUCUUUGUUCACCUACCUAAGACUAUGAUGUUUUUUUUUUGUUUUGUUUUUGCAUCAUGAAAAAACUUUCAUUACUUGGUAAUGUAGUAGAAGCCAUAUUUUUGGGUCCCAUUAAAAAAGAACACUAUUG